GAGAUUCUACUUCUUCAGUCCUCUCAGUCUGCCUAGGGACACAGACAGAAGUGGGCACACAGCUCACUUCCUGCCGGACCUCCCACGAGCCCAGUUUCCAGUGCAGGCUCCAGCCCUCACCCCACUCCAGUUGCAGGAUGUCGAUGACAGACUUGCUCAACGCUGAGGACAUCAAGAAGGCGGUUGGAGCCUGUGCCGCUGCCGAAUCCUUUGACCACAAAAGCUUCUUCCAGAUGGUUGGCCUGAAGAAAAAGAACCGGGAGGAGGUGAAGAUGGUGUUUCAAAUCCUGGAUAAGGACAAGAGUGGCUUCAUCGAGGAGGAAGAACUGAAAUUCAUACUAAAGGGCUUCUCUGCAGACGCCAGAGACUUGUCUGAUACAGAAACCAAGAGGAUGAUGGCCGCUGGUGACAAGGAUGGGGACGGCAAAAUCGGGGCUGACGAAUUCUCCGUUAUGGUGGCGGAAAGCUAAGCAGAGCUGAUGGACCCAGGCCCCCCCACCCCACUCUGCCCCCGGAGCCCCGUCCCUGCCCCUCUCACCGCCCUCCUGCAUUUCUGUUCUGUUUGUUUGUGUUAUUUUUUACUCCCCCUGUCCCCUGUGGCCCUCAAGUGACACGAUUCUUCUGGAAAAUGCUGGAGAAUCAAUAAAGACCGCACCAACCAA